UGACAAAAUCAUGGCGGCUCAGUUAAAAAAGCAAUACCAGUGUUUAGUUUUGUUUUGCCUAUAUUUUUGUUUAUGUGUCGAAUCGUUACGCCCAGGUUUCCCAUACCGUAAACAUCAUCAUGCAAGAGAGGCUGACAACACUGGUUACAAUUACAAGACAGCAUACUUCGAACAGAAGAUUGACCAUUUUGGAUUUGCCAAUGACGACACCUAUAAGCAGAGAUAUCUAGUCGCGGACCAAUAUUGGGACAAAAAUGGUGGACCCAUAUUUUUUUACACCGGCAAUGAAGGCGACAUUGCCUGGUUCUGUAACAACACCGGAUUUAUGUGGGAACUGGCCCCUAAGCUGAAUGCCCUGCUGGUGUUUGCUGAGCACAGAUACUACGGCACCUCCCUACCUUAUGGUCCUGAUGCUGUCAAGGAUCCUAAGAAGUUGCAGUACCUAACAUCUGAGCAGGCAUUGGCCGACUUUGCAGUAUUGAUCCAGGAGUUAAAGGCCAAUGUACCAGGGGCUCAGACCAGUAAAGUGAUUGCCUUUGGGGGAUCAUACGGGGGAAUGUUGGCUGCCUGGCUCAGGAUCAAAUACCCCAAUGUUGUUUACGGGUCCUUAGCUGCCUCGGCCCCUAUCUGGAGCUUCAUUGGCCAGAUCCCUUGUGACGCACAGCUACAAGUUGUCACCAACUCUUUUAAAAGGGAGUCUCUCACAUGUGUUAAAAACAUCAGGAAGUCCUGGGGCAUCAUCAACACAAUGGGAGCUACAGACUCAGGGAGGGCACGCCUCUCAACCACAUUUGAUUUGUGUGCGUUGUUGAACUCGACAGCGGAUACAGAGGCCUUGAAGUCGUGGCUGGUAGAAAUCAUGUUUAACCUAGCUAUGGUGGAUUACCCCUACCCGGCCUCCUUCCUGGAGCCUUUGCCUGGCUGGCCUAUCAAGGCUGUGUGUGCACCUCUGUCCACUGAAGUUGUGGAUGAAGUGGCUUUGAUAGAAGCUCUGUCUAAAGCGGUCAAAGUGUACUACAACUACACCGGUCAGGCCAAGUGUCUGAAUGUCAAUGAGAAUGCUGUGGGUAGCCUGGGUGAUGAACUCUGGGGUUACCAGGCCUGUACCGAGAUGGUGAUGCCGUCCUGUUCUAACGGUGUGACCGAUAUGUUUGAGCCUGCACCAUACAACUUCAGCCAGAUCUCUGACCAGUGCUACAAACAGUUCAAAGUGCGGCCAAGAAAGUCCUGGGUUAUAACACAGUAUCUGGGGAAAAGUCUCUCAGCUGCCAGCAAUAUAAUAUUCAGUAAUGGUCUUCUUGACCCCUGGUCAUCUGGUGGCGUGCUGAAGUCUAUCUCACCAAGCCUGACAGCAUUUGUCAUCCCCAAUGGAGCCCACCAUGUAGACCUGCGCAGCUCUAACCCUGGCGAUACUCCAGACAUCACCAAGACAAGGCUGGCAGAGGAGUACAUCAUUCAUAAAAAGUGGAUCGAGGGAGACAACCUGUGAUCUCUAAUGGAAAAUGAUGUGGUGCAGUUGUGAUUCCUGUACAGAAAGGCUGCUGGUGAACAUCUUGAAUAUAAUUCCACUCCGCUCAAUUAUUUAACCCUUUCACCCCUAUGCAACUUUAGUAGACUCUUCUAUGCAUUGAUCUGGAUGAGUCCAUUAUGGUCUACAGUGGUGAAAGGGUUAAUAGUGUUAAAAUGUGAACUGAUUAAUACUUCAUACUCGAUCAGUAUUCAAAUUUGGUAUUGUUUGGAAUUUGUGAAUUUGAAUCAUAGUGCAAGUGCUGCAAAACAAAAUAAUUAUCUCUAACAAAAAGAUCUGAUGGGAACAUAUUGAGUAUUGCACAUUCAAUAUAGAUAAACUGUAUGUGACUAGUACAUAGUUAACCUAGAGAUCUGAACAAUCCAUUAACAUCCCCAAACCACCCAUCUUCCACCAUGUUACCUUGGGCCGACUUCCCGUUAUGUAAUUGCCUCCUUGUAUCUUUGUCCCCCAACCCCCACUACACUCACACUUAUUUACAAUUGUAAAGAAGUACUCUGUUUUGAUUUGUGCUUGGCGUUAUUUGUUUUAAAUCUCUCAUUGUCAUUGAUGGCCAGCUUUGGCCUUUGUCCUUAAAUUAGCCUAGUCGUGUCUAUGAAACUGUUUAUACACAUUCUUCUGUUUGGUAGCACCCUAUCACUUGUGGAACAUGAAUGGUCUAAACAGUUUCAAUAAUUUUUAUUGUAGAUGUACAGUCCUUGACCACUAAAUAACAGAAGGCAGUAAAACUGGCAAUCAAACUGUGAUACAUAGAGUGCAAUUAAUCUGUUGUAAAUAACAUGCCUGUAAUUCCUGGAUUUUUUGUAUGUCUUGUGUAACUUUUGAUGUUGAUCUGUGUGAAUGAGGAUGUUUAGAUUCUGAUCUGAAGUAUUUUACAUAAAUGCUAUUAAACAAUAACCAUACAUUAUUUUCAAUAAGAUCUUAUUUUAGAUAUCGAAAUAGAUACAUGUAUGUUAAAUCAUAUCAGAAAGAUCAGCCCCGUCUCUUAUACUGAAGUAUUUUGAGAGUAUGAUCUUGUGAUACAAAAUGUACAUGAAGUGUUUACCUUUGACAUGUGUAUCUCCAUAAUCAUAUACAUAUAUAUUAUACUGUAUCACAUUGAAAUAUGUGUAUCACUUCAAAAUAUACAAGUAAAACUAUAUUGAUUCUGAAAUGUGUCACUACCACAAAACACACAUUAUACUGUAUUACAUUGUAAUGUGUGUCACUGUACAAUUACACAUAUUAAAUAUUUCAA